GCAUCCGGGUCGGGUUUGGCAUUGAACGUUUUUUCGGACUUGUCGGUACGGAGUUUCUGGGCUUUCGAUAUCACCCCUGCUUUGCCAGUCUACCCCCGUGGAGGUGCCUCCUCAGCUCACGGUCUGCGUUGGCAAUUCUGCAUCCUCACGAGGUUCGCCCCUGACGCCGCUGCUCCAUCGCGAUCUCACUCCGGAAACCGCAAGCUCCGCCCGUUCCCUGCCUCGCCUCGACGCAAACUCGGCGGCUUCGCGAGCCAAUAUAUACUCCCUGGAUUUAUUCCGACUUCCACAUAAGGAUAGCCACGGAUAAUUGAAUUCACCAUGUAUAUUGUGUCGGCGGCUCUGGAAUAUGGGGCUCCCUUGUUCCUCAUUACCUCCCCGUUGACGUCCUAUGCGGACCAAAUCCUCAGUAUCCACCGGUCCAGAAGCUCGGCUGGAUUUUCGCUGGACAUCCCUUUGAUCAUGCUUGUCGCAUCAAUCCUGAAGGUCUUCUAUUGGUUUGGCGCUUACUACUCUCUUUCGCUCUUGAUCCAGGCCGUCAUUACGGUCGGGGUGCAGAUCGUCUUGUUGAAGGUUGCACUGGACAACCGGCCAUCUCCGGGCCUGAAGAAUAGCGUGGAGCAUGUUCCCUUCAGCAGCGUGGAUAACAGCAGCGGCCUUACUCGACCCUACGACUUCUGGCAAUGGAAGAGCGCCAAACCGUACUGGAUGUUUUUGGCCUACUUCAUCGGCGCACUCACCUUCAUCCAAGUUCUCCUUCCUCCCCUUGCCUACUCGGACCUCUAUAUCAACUUCCUCGGAUACUUUGGCCUCGCCGUCGAAGCCACGCUCCCUCUGCCCCAGAUUAUCAAGAAUCACAAGUCCCGUUCGUGCGCAGGAUUCCGGGUGUCGGUGGUUGCUGCUUGGAUUGUCGGUGAUAUUAUGAAGCUGAGUUACUUCUUCUGCAGCCAGGAAGUGAUUCCCUGGGCCUUCCGGAUGUGCGGUCUGUUCCAGUGCGUUUGCGAUCUAUACUUGGGCGUGCAGUUUUGGAUGUAUAGUGGCGCCUCGUUCCGGACUGCGGGCAGUCCCCGAGGCCCCAGUGAGAGCUAUAAUGUGGAGGAGAAGGACAUCCGGAUGACUUGAACGAGAUGAUACACGGCCGUGGUUUCCCGUUUCUUCCGUUGGCGUUGUACAUAUAGCUUAGCUAGACGCGUCGAACCUAUGCUUUGGUUCGACCUGGGUUCCCGGACCCGUAACCAAUUACUACAGUAGGAUUAAUGUGGAUUG